UGUCCGAAUACACGUUGAAGAUAAACCACGUUGCAACGUCUAAACUAACCAAGUGACAACAGUCUUUCAUCAUGAUGCACCAGAGAAGCUUAAUUUAUAUUUCAUUAUUAAUUUGUUCUUUACUAUAUAUCGUAAAGAGUAAAGACGAGAACGACAUAAAUUUUGCAAGCAAACAAAGUGGAUAUGAAAAAGCAGACGACGCUUGGGACGAAGAUGAGGAUGACAAAAGUGAAGAAGAUGUCGAAGAGGAUGCCAAAGAUGCAGAUAUGAAAGAGCAAGUUAAAAGAGACAAUAAUGGGAAUUUUUACAGCUUUACAGUGCUUGAUUCAGAAGGAAAGGGUGUUGACUUGGGGCAAUACAAGGGAAAGAUAACAUUGGUUGUUAAUGUUGCAUCAGAAUGUGGAUAUACUGAUAACCAUUACAAAGCACUAUCAAAGAUACAUAACCAUUUAGUUACAACUGGACGAUUUUCAGUAUUAGCCUUCCCAUGCAACCAGUUUGGAAAACAAGAGCCAGGGACUAAUGCAGAAAUCCAAAAAUUUGCCAAGGAUAGAUACAGGGCUAAAUUUCCUGUAUUUGGAAAAGUUAAUGUUAUUGAAAGUGAUGUAUCACCAGCAUGGCAGUAUUUAAUAGAUGAAACUGGUGAAGCUCCUUCCUGGAAUUUCUUUAAAUAUCUUGUCAAUGAGAAUGGUGAUGUACUGCAUGCUUGGGGAGCUUGGACAUCUGUGGAUGAAAUCUAUUCAGUAGUACAACAAGCAGUGACAAAUGCAAUGAGAAGACCAAAAACUGAACUGUAAAUUGUUAGACAAUCAAAAUGAUCAACACAGACAUGCAAAGAAUGUUUCCCUACUUUUUCUAUUGCAUUCUAUCAAACCCAUGUUAAAUUAUUUUUUACAGAAUACAAAAUUAUAGGGAUUUUCACAUUAUCAUUGGCCAAUUCACUAAAUUUUGUAUCUUUUUCACAUCUUCCUUUUAUUUAUCUUGUUCUUUAAACUUUUCAUAGGAUAUUUUUUUAUGAAUGAAAUUUUUGAAUUCAUGGGAUAAAUUGUCCCUAGUUAACAGUUGUUUAAAAUAUAGAAAGAAUACAUUUGAAAAUUUGAAAAAAAAUAUCAUUCUAGACAAAUGUAUUUAAAAAGCAUCAACUAUAGCUUUAAUCUUUCAUUGAAAUGUUUUCAUAGACCUACUGUAUAGAGAAUUUUCUGGUUUGCAAUAAAGAAUAAAUUUGCCAGGUUCUUUCACCAAAUUAAUUGGGCUAUAUGACUGGUAUAUCUUAAUAGAUAGCCCACUGAUCACUAUUUGCAUGUCUGUAGUUUGUAUUGUUCGUGCCUGUUACUUAUUACAUUUAAACUUAUGGAAACAUAUCAAAUCAUAAUAAAUUGUGUAUAUGUCGGUGUCUUAAUUGAUAACAUAAAUAAUGUAUAGUUUUGUAAUAUGUGCUAUUUUUAGAAUUACUAGAAUUUGAUGUUUUGUUUGUACAUGAAUUAAUAAGUUUUGUAUUUAGUUUUGAAAUUUUUCUCAUCUAUGAUGAUCUUUGUAUAUUGAAUUACAUUAGGACUAUUGCAAAUUACAAUACUGAAGAGGGUGUCCAUGGAAAAACCAGACAGUGGAUGGCACAUGACAUAUUUUGUUUUCAAAUUUUUUUUCAUCUAUUUCAUAUCACAAAUUUAUUCUUUCUCAAAGUUAAAUUUGUGUUUUUAUAUUAACUGCAACAAUUGAAAAAAAAUACAUAGAAAGCACUGAAAAUUCAUUGAAAAGGGGAGAUAACUCUUCAAUUUGUACAAAAUUUUGUUGCAUUGUUAGUGAACUUUUAAAUCAUUUUCUGAGCCAUCCACUGUUAAUUCAAAAAUAUUUUUGACAUGUAUAUCCUUUGUAUGAUAUAGACAUUGCAUUGGAACCAAAAAUUCAGUGGGAAAAAAAUUAUGUUGUACCAUCCAUAUCAUAGGAUUUGCCUGAUAUUUAAUUGGACAGCCUCUUAAUAAUAUGAAAGAUGAACUUUAGUUUCUCACAAAGUACGAUAGUCUUGUAAUCAUAAUAUGGUAAGGACUGAUCAGAAUUUGCCACAUCAUAGAUUUACCAAAAUUUACUUGAAUAAAUCAUCACAAAAUACCAUGUAUAUCUUUACUUGUAAUUUUACAGGCUUAACUUUAAGUUUUUAAAGAUCUGAUUUCAUUUGUUUAUACUUCGUUUUAUUAGGUCAGUAUUAUAUUUGUCAGAAUUUUACUUUUAAAUAAUUAACAGUUUUGUUUUAAUUGAUUUUAUGUAUUUCAGAUAUACAUUCUUUUUGCAUGUUUAUGUUUUGUUUUAUUUUUGUAUUCUUAUGAAUGAUACUCAGAUGCAUAUGUUGUUUUUCAUCAUCAUCCUUUGCAUGUGUUCUGAUCAUAAGAAUUUUCCCAAUAUCAUGUAAGGUUGUCAGAAAUUGGGGUUGUGUUGAUACAGAUUUGUAAGUCAACUUAUACAAUAGUUUACAAAUAUUUUGUCAUUUUGCAUUGAAAGUUACUGAAGUAAAUGGUUUUACAACAAUGAAUUACCAUUUCCAUAUAUAUAUAUUAAUGCUUACUAUUUUUGGGGUGACCAAGCUACUUUGUAACAUAGUUAACAUUCAAUAAGGUUAUGAUAUAUUUUUAUAUAGUUGGAUACCAGAUUUUUGUGUGUUUUACGGUAACAGGUGAACACAAAUAUAAAUGUUCAACAAAUUUUAAAUUUCUAUGCAUAUACAUACUUUGGAAAACCAGCAAAAUCAAAUGUCCAUAAUUAUUUUUAUUUAAAGUUUUACUCUAUCCACAAAAUCUGUACUGACAAUCUACAGUUGUUUAUUUGUUUUUUAAUCCUUAAUAUUGUCAAAUUAAUUUACUUAAGUACUUUCCCAAUACAAUUCAUUUUGUCCAUGAAUAUGUUAAAUAUGAUCAAAAGUGUGUUUUUUGUUGUUGCUUUUAAUGUAAUUUGAAUGGUCUUUAACACUCAUGACUGGAAUUUUGUAAUUUAAUCUGGCAACUUUUCAUGGAAUAUAAAUCUAUUUGAAGGCAUUUAAUUGUCAGAGAAGUUGGUAGAAUUCAUAUAUGUGCCUAGAUAGGGACAGCAAAAGUGAGAUGAUUAAAUUGAAUGAAACAGUAUGUCUGUUAUCCUUAUUAGGAUCUUUUUGUUUUGUUAACAUCAUUUUUUUAUGGUCUUUCUAUUUGUAACUUGGUGUAAACUAUUGUGUAGGUAAUCAAUGGACCAUUUGUUAUAGGUAUUGUAGAUACUUAUCAUUUUAUGUUUAGUAAUAUGCAUAAGCAGUGAAACAAAAGGGAGUUUUCAUCAAUUAGUAUUUUAGAUUGGGAGACUAUAUAGAUAUUAUAAUUGUAUCCAGUAGGGGUAGAAUAUUAUCUUUUGAAACUUUUGAAGUAAGGCUUUUACAGCUUUUUAAAUAUACAAGCCAUACAAAGAACUGGCCUUUUUUUCCUUUCAAACACAAAGAGCAAUAGAAAAAUCAACAACUUGUUCAAAACAAGAUAAUAAAUGGGAGAAUUAGAUAAAAAAAUAUAUAAAAUAGAAAUGUGAGUUUUUCAAAUAUUAAAUUUAUAUGACAAACAAGACAGCUAAAAAAUGUUUGCUUUUUUUUUGCUUUCGAAUUUGUCAAAUGCAUGUAGGAUUUUUAAAAAUACAACUGUCCCUUUCCCAUAGAUGGACCAAAAUUGUUAUUGUUCACCUUGGCAGCUGAUAUUGUUGUUCCCACUGGAAUUUUUGUUCUCAUUUAUUAUCGUUGUCAUCAAAUUUCUUUACACUGCUUAUGCUAUUACUUUUAGGGAUGGGAAAUAUAUAUGGUGCUACUGAAUCUUAAUUCGUGCAAUAUUUUUUGUUUUGUUUA